CCCCAGGAUCAGAGAGCCUUUAAAAAGCCUCCCCCGAGCUCUCUCAGAACUUUGGGCUGCUGACCCUCUUCAGAGACAGUCGGAGAGCUGCAGGCUUGCACUUGGAGACAGCAUUCAGAAGAGACAGAGCCUUGAGUGCCACAGCAGAGACACAGGUGUGAGAGAGGAGCACCAAACAUGUCACAGACUAACCCCGAAGAAAGUCUGAAUCAGGAGCAGGCUGGAAUGGACACUACCGCCGAGCCAGUCCAGUCCACGUCCAAGGAGGCCAAGGCCCCAGAACCCGGUAGCUCAAAGGAGGUUACGGAUGAAGUAGAGAAGGACAGGCUGAAAAGGGCCUCCCGGAACAAGUCGGAAAAGAAAAGACGAGAUCAGUUCAACGUUCUCAUUAGAGAACUUUGCAGCAUGCUGCAGGGGCAGGGCGAGCCCAUUAAGAUGGAUAAGGCCACCAUAUUACAGAAGACCAUUGACUUUUUACACAAGCAGAAAGAAAAGGAGAACCAGGCCCAAGCGGCUGGAGCCAGAGGGGCCUGGAAACCAUCAUUUCUGAGCAAUGAGGAAUUUACACAGUUGAUGUUUGAGGCUUUGGAUGAGUUUCUGAUCACCCUGACAACAGAGGGAAUCAUUAUUUACGUAUCGGAUAAUGUCACUUCUCUGUUGGGCCAUUUACCGUCCGAUCUGGUGUACCAGAAUAUAUUAAGCCUUCUCCCAGAGCAAGAACACAAGGAUGUCUACAAGGUACUCUCUCCGCAGACGAUCCUGCCAUCCCCUGUCACUGCUGAUUUUCUAAAUGAAAAACAAAUUGAGUUUUCCUGUCAUUUAGCAAGAGGAAGAGUGAACCCCAAUGAUCCUGUGAUUUAUGAAGCUGUGAAAUUUUUUGUGGUUUUUAAAUACCUUUCUCGUGUGCCUAUACCAUCCAGCAGUGACUUUAAGGUUGUGAUUUCCAAGACGUUCGCAUCCCCCGCAGAUGAUCCUCUUUGUCUGGUGGCAACAGUUCGCCUCAACACCCCUCAGCUACUAAAGGAAGUUUGCCCCGUGGAAGAACCUGGUGAAGAGUUUACCUCAAGACAUAGUCUGGAGUGGAAGUUCUUGUACUUGGACCAUAGGGCCCCUCCCAUCAUAGGUUACCUACCCUUUGAGGUGCUGGGAACAUCAGGCUAUGACUAUUACCAUGCUGAUGACUUGGAGUCUCUUGCCAGGUGCCACAAACAAGUGAUGCAGUUUGGAAAAGGAAAGUCCUGUUACUAUCGGUUCCUGACCAAAGGCCAGCAGUGGAUUUGGUUGCAGACUCAAUAUUAUAUCACUUAUCACCAGUGGAAUUCCAAGCCUGAAUUCAUUGUUUGCACACACACUGUAGUGAGUCAUGCACAGAUUGAGGCCAAAAGAAGACAGGACCUUGGGCUGGAAGAGCCAUCAGUAUCAGAAAUGGCCGUUGCACCCUUUAAGAAUUCCAGCAGUUUCAUGGAUAUCUCCCAGUGUGGAAGCAGCCUAGACAUGAAUAGAGAGGCAGCAUCUGGUUCAUCAGCCCAUGCCUCCUGCAGGUCAUCCCUCAUGAUGCCAUCCAGUUCAGCACCCGAAUUGCCACUGCAGCCCCAAGAAGACAGUGCGACACCCAUGAGUUGGAAUAUGCCUUUGGUCCCACCAGAAAAGACACUUGCUGAAGUCUUCUCAAGUGAGGUGGCCAGUAGCAGCAGCAGCAGCAGCAGCAGCAUUAGCGUCAGGAGGAAGAGCACCAGCACCAGCACCAGCACCAGCACCAGCACCAGCACCAGCUGUUCACAGGGCCUGAUGUUUCCUCAGAUCUUCAAUGACCAACUUGUUCCAUACAGUGUGAACUCAAGGAAAAUGUCCAUGGUAACCUGUCUGCCAGAAGCUAUGUCUGUCUUCCCUUCCUCAAAAGAGCUUGGGCCAAUGCAGCAGCUCAAGGACAAUCUGGAAGGACGAACUCUGGCAUUACAGGCGGACAUUGAACCCCAGAAGCCGGAACUCCACACCAUCAAGGGGUGUCUUCAGAAUGUGCAGGGUGCUGACUUUCAAAUGAUAUUACCACCACCUGCACCAAUGAACCUCAAGCCUUCCAAGUCCCAGAAACCAAAAAAGGCGUCCCGUCGGCGAACCAAAGCAUCCAAGACGUUAACAAAAUCCAAACUUGCCUUGCUGGAGCCCAAACCUUUCAGAAGCUCAACUAUAUCCUCCAUCCAGUUUCUCGGGGAGCCUUGCAUUGUCCCCCACCAGCAGCUGCAGCUGCAACCACAGCCACAGCUGCAGCUGCAGCUGCUGCCACAGCCACAGCCACAGCAGCCACAGCAGCAGCAGCAACAACAAGAAGAAGAGCAGCAGCAGCAGCAACAACAACAAGAAGAAGAGCAGCAGCAGCAGCAGCAAGAGGAACCUACACAACAGCAGAAUGCAAUAAAUGAAAAUGAGAUACAGGAAAUAUGCCUGCCAGAGAACACCAGAAUCUCUAUGCCUCUCUAUGGUGACCCCAUGCUGUAUUCUGAGACAUACUCCAUCACUGUUUCAGCUGAAGUCCCAAUUGAUCUCAUUCAACAGCCCAUCGAAUAUGAGCAAGACAUCACUCUUGGGUUUCUCCAAGACGACCGGCUUCUGCCUUCUCCCUCGGCAUUUACUCCCACCACCAUGUUCAUUCCCACCACUGACUUGGCCAUCGUUGACAGUCAGCAGCCUGGCCAACAGUGGCCACAGCCACAGGCUCCUCAGAAUGACGCCUGCCUUCAGGUCCCUGCUCCUGAGCCAGUCCAGGAGAAUCCACCUUCAGAGGUGUUCGAGGCCCCCCAGCUACUGCAGUCAUCCACCAUGAGCUAUUUCCUGAAUCCCCAGCAGCCCAACGCAGAGCUGUCAGAGAUAUAGGCUCCAGGAGACGCAGGGCUAUAGUGGUGAGAGAAAUGCUAGCUAUAGCCCAUGGAAAAAAAUAAUCAAGGAAGAGUAGAAGCUCUCGGAGAAGACACAACCUCGCAUUGAAGGGGUGCUCUGAGAAUGGGGGGUGGGGGGCUGAAUAUAUGGCACAGGAGAGAGGUGCCAGGGGGUGCCCUGAGGGAUAAGUGCCAGGACUUGCUUUCUUUUCCUGGUGUAACAUUUCCGUAGUAUAUAAAGCUAGCAAGUACAUUUAAGUAAUGCUGUACAAAAUGCAUCUGAUCAGUGGUGUGAAUUAGAACUUGAAACUGUGAGUAGCUACCAUCCAUUUCUCCUACCAUGCACAUGCACGCACACGCACACAUACACAUGGCAUUAUGCAUGUUGCAGUUUUGCAGUGCUAGCUAGAGUUGCUUUUGUCCAGGGAAUCCUUUUCCCUUUAAAGUCAAUCUUGAAAAGGCCUUCAUGAGCUGGGGGCCAAAGUGAUUCCCUUGGGUUUGACCUCUCCUAGUUCAUCCAAGCUCCUGGGACCUUCCCUUGGGCUCCCUACCAAGCCAAGCGUCCAUCACUCUUGGAAGCUCCCACUGGAGCCCGCUGGCCAUCGGCUCAGCCACCUGUCAAUUCAAUGACCAAGUAGUUAAGGACAAGAAUUUAGAGCUUUGGAGAUUCAUAACAGUUCACUGUGAAUAUGAGAGCAGCUUCUGGAACAAACCGUAACAAAGCAGCAGGCUCGUAGCUCGUACUUCAACGUUAUGUAGAGAAGUUUGUCCUUCAGGGAGUGAUAAGUUAGAGCUCACUUCCCAUGUUACUUUCUUUCUCAUACCUCAAUUCCAUAUCAUUUUCCCAAAUAAUUGGAUACUGCUGCUAAUUUAAUACCGUUCAUGCCUGAAAUCCUCGCUCUUGUCAACGUAGCUGUUGAAUUUGGAUCUUGAAGUCCAAGUGGAUGUAUCCACGUGUCCACCCGGUGGCCCCAUGUGGCUGACGCCAGCUUUGGGCCACCACAGUCAGCCGACACAAAGGUUCUCAAUUCUGGAGUUGUAGCAUAGUGUGUUUUAGUUUUUUGAUCAUUGUUUUGAAGUGAAAAGGAAGUUGCUCUUCAGUGGGUCUGUUGUUAUCCAGUGUUACAAUGUUGUGUAUUUGUGAAAGGAAGUGGAUUUCUCUUUCUGGUGUGAUGGCAUAGCUGGCAGCCAGUGUUAGUAAAAGAAUGCUUCUGGUGUUUGUAAAUCUGCAAGAAGAAGUCAUUGUAUUCGAUGGCUGAUUCUCGAAGCAAUAUCAUUGCUGGCAGUAAAGAAAAGAUGCUUAAACGCUAGGUGAGAAUGUGGAGGUGGCCCUGGUAGAUAGACGGAGGAGGGCAUUGAGGAACUGGCAUGAGGAAUAUACUACCAGGGCAGAAGUCAAGGGUCCUUGAAGCAGGCCUGCUCCUUCAUUGUGAACAGGACCAAGGGCCUUUCUGGAGCGCCCAUUGCUGGAGCUUUCAUCUCCACCUUGGGAGGAGGUAGACAGCGUGUCAUCGUUUUAUGCUCAAGAGUUCAGUGACUUGCCCAGAUCAUGUGGCCAGUAUGUGUUCUAGACAUGGAAUUCAACCGUAGCCCUUUUUUCCUCCAAAUCCAGGGUGCUUUUCAUGUAAUUCCCAACAUCUGGGAGUGACUUCUACAGUAUUCAGAGGCCUUGUAUCAUUGUAGUGUUCCUUUUUCUUGGACUCCAGUUCUAUAAAGUAAGCAGACCAGGGAAAUUUAGGUCUAUUUUUUGGAUAAGAAAACUGAGGCUCAUGGAAGUGAUGACUUUUCCAACAUGGUUAAUUAGUGAUAGAGUUGGGGCCAGAAGGCAGGGCUUGUGACUCCAAGCACUUUGCUGGCUAUCUCUCUAAACAGAGUUCUGGGGCAGCUGGGCAGCAAAGUGGAUAGGGCUGGACCUGGAGUCUAGAAGUCCUGAGUUUAAAUCUGGCCUCAGUUACUUUUUACUAGCUGCUCCGCCUAGUCAUAUAACCUCUCAGCCUCAGUUUUCUAAUUUGUAAAGUGGUGAUAGUAAUGGCACCUACAUGCCAGAAUUUUUUAUGAGAAUCAGAAAAGCACUGGGCAAAUGUGCCCUCGGAAUUCCAGGGUAGUCUUGGCCUGCCCCAGGUAGGCCUGAGAUUCUAAACAUGCAGGGGGUGCAGAUGGCACUGAGACUAGGUGCACAUACCGUGGCAUUGCUGUCCCCAGAGCAGCCCAAAGCAACAUCUCCCAAGUAGCCUAUGAGCAUCAAUCAGGGCUACGCAAUUCAGAGAGGGGAAAGGAAGAUGGUGUGCACCUAUGGAAUGGCCAAAAGGGGUGAAGUCUGUGCUUCAGGUAAUACCCAGCAUGCCCACUUGUUUCACUUGUCAGCAUCUUUCUCCCUUUGAGAUCUCUGGCCUAAGAAAAGGUUCAAGAGGCCCAGAGCAGUUCUCCUUCCUGCCCUGCCUGCCAUGGAGAGAGCAGAGUAAGUAGUUCUACUUCCUCUUAUAAGGGCCAAAGGAGAUAAAUCCCAGUGUCAGACUUCUGAAAUUUUACGUGAUGAGAAUGCCUGACAGGAAGUGGCAUCCAUUAAGGAGCAGGAGCAAAGAGAAGAUGACUGAACGAAUGUGACCAUGGGCAAGUCAAUCUUCCUCAAGUCUGUUUCCCCCUUAGCAGAAUGUGAGGCUUAGGCCUAACCUCCGUAGGACUAGAAUGCAGCUGGCUCACAGUGGAGAACAGAGGCUGGCUCUAGGUAGUGGAAGUUCUGAGGCACAGUUGGGAAACUCAACUAGGUGGCAUCCUUUUUUUUUUGGUAAAAUCAUUUAGAAGUGAAUAAGCUAGAUUUUUUUUAAAUACCAUUAUAUAAAAAUGGCACACAUCCAUGUAUUACUUUUCCCACUAUGGCAGUAGUAGACAGCCAUGUCAGUUCUUGGACUUGCCUAGGAACUAAAUGCUGGGCUCACACUACAUGAACUUGCUUGUAUUGCGCUUGCUUUGAUGAUACAUUUGCCAACACAUUCCCAUGAUACACCAUUCCAAGUCGCCAUGCUGGACAUUGGAGGCUCAUUUAGGCAGGGGAAUAUUGGCAGCUCUGCAGCGUCCUGACAAGAGUGGAGGAAGUUCAGAAGGUCACGUCAAAUAUUGUCUGAAACAACAAAAAAAAGCUUCCAGUUGAGUUAGUUGGAUGUGUUUUUUUUUUUUACCCUCCCUGUAAAGGACAAUGAAAAGAGUGCAAAGAACCCUGGGUGAAGUUUGAAAGCCUGAAAAGCUAAGCCCCAGCCCUGGAGCCCAUUGAAGUACAUCAAACCACCUCAUUUCUUUGAGUUGCAUUUUCCCAUGUGGAAAAUGGGCGUGAAAAUGCCUGCCCUAAUUAGUUCACAGAAAUAGAAAAGAAAUGCAUGCACGUGAAAACACAUUGGAGGAAAAGGCAUGACAGAAAUGGGGUCUCCUGGGCAUAUGCAGGGUGUUUCUGUUGGAUUUAUAUUUUUGAAGCUUAUGAUUAUAGCAUCCACCACCAUGCUGCCACUACCACCACCACUGCCGCCACCACCACCACCCCCCACGUUUCUUAGCUACUUCUCUAGAUGUUCCCUUUCUCACCAUUUGCAGUUCAUCCAUGAGGAAACGGAGACAGUGAUAUAUGUUCAAGGUCUCUCACCCAAUAGAGGUAGAGCUGGAAAUAGAAUCUAAGGUCUUUAAUAUUCCCAUUUCUUAUUUGUCUACUGUUUAGUUGUCCUAAGGGAGCAAGGGAAUGAGGGAUCAUGGGCCUUUUCUCUUGGCCACCCAUGGAACCAGUGCCUCUGGGUAGGCUCAACUGUGUAUAGUGAGUUUGACUUGCUCUAAGGCAGGUGUACAGUUCCAGUGCUCAGCCUGUGGUCCCCAUAGAACCUGUUCCAUGCCCAGUUUUCCCUGUUCAAGCGUAAAUGGAAAUUUGAGAUAGCGGUGGAAGCCAACUGUCCCCCGCCCCACCCCGCACUGAUGAUCACAGGUAGCCUUAUGGGAGCUGCCUCCAAUGGGCUGGGAUGGACAGCAGGACAAGCCGCUGCUCCUUUGGCACAAAGCCACAUCUAGAGCUUAAAAGCUCUUUCUCUAAUCUCACCAAGGCAGGUCUCUGCCACCCUCCCACUUUCCGUGGGUGCCACAUUCUCCUCUCCUAGCACAAAGGCAGGCACCAUGCUCCAACCCCUCGAUGAUGUGAUCACAAAGAGCUGCCAGGCUGCGGGCAGAAGGGGUGGAGAAUUUUUCAGGGGGUUCUUAGUUAUCUCCCCAUAACGAACACAGACAAUGACUGCAUCAUGCAUCCCCGAGACUCAUUGUGGCCAUUUGGGGGUUAAUGUGCAGCUCAACAGUGUAGAAGGGUGUGAGUGUGCAUGUAUGUGUGCAUGCAGAGAGAAUGUGGAUUAAUACCUUCCAUGCCAGAAAGCCCCCGCUUCAGGCUCCUUGGCCUCACGCACAUCAUCCACCACUCAGCAAAACUGCCUUUACUUCUGUUCAGGGUGAGCUGGGUAAGAUUCUCAAAAUCAGAUGCUGGGAUUGGAGCACCAGGUGACACUGUUUCUUCUUGUCACCUGGCAGAGAUGGCAGUUUUCUUUCUCUUCUGUCUUCGUCCCAGGCCUGCCUUCUCUGCUGGUGGGGGAAUAAGAAAUCUUUGUGGCUUGUCAGCAUUUGGAAAUACAAACCGUGGAGAGAGAAAGAUGGGCAAAGUGCUAGUCCAGUAGUAUGGAGGAGACUUGAGCAUUGUUGUCUGUCUCCCCAUCACCUAGCACCUGACAGGCACUGAUUGAAUGUAGUUGGAUGAAUGGCUGGGCAGGACAGAACAUCAGGGAGCUUCUCUUUCCCAUAAUUUACUUUUCCAUUGUUCCUUUUAUCCCUUUUGACAAAGCAUCCACUCUCAGUGGCCCGUUAGAUGUGUAGCAGACCAAGGGCUCUUGGUUAGUUGGUUGGUUGGUUGGUUGGUUGAUUGGUUGGUUGGUUGGUUGGUGGGUCAGUUCCAGCUCCAAGGGUCCAGGGAUCCAGAGACUCACUCAUGAGAGCAGCAGCAUGCCAAAUGCCACCAUUGUGGCCUGCUUGUAGAAAUAGCCCAGUAGUUUGGACACUAAAGGUGUCUAAGUGAUUUGAUUCAGGAUCCUCGCUUUUUAUUUCCAGUAUUUACCUCUCUGGGGGCCCUAGAACUGCAUUUCAAUCAUCUCUUUGGAAAAAUGAGAAUGAGCUCCACUGUGGGCAUGGCUUUUUCCCAUGUCCUCCUCUGUUGGGAUUUCAACCGUGGUUUGGGGUUUAACUUGGCUUUUCAUCUUGCCUUCAGAGUGUAUUUCCACCAGAUCUGGCACCCAGAGCUCUCAGGGGCCUAAAACCUCACUAAUUUGCCACAAAAUUCCAGACCUCUGACAACUAAUUCAGCUGUGCACUUAGAGAAUCUUUGUACAAAACCUCAGACUCAGUUGACCCAACCUAGAGAUCCAUCUGGACUUGAGUAAGCCAGCUUGUACAUACUGAAACAUUCCAUAUAAAACUUUGGCCUUCCAGAAUCUAAAUUUUGUUUUCUAUAAUGCCAAAUCAAUAGCAUUUGUAAUUGUUUUUCUUUAAAGUAUUUUGUAACUGGAGGUGGGGUGGGGGUGGGGGGAAGGGGGAAGGGAAGAGACCCAUGAAGACAGUCAGUGAAGACUUUUUUCUGUUUUUUUUUUCUAUAUACAUGUGGUCUUUCCUAUCACCAGCUGCUGUGAUUUAUUGUGCUAACAUGUUUAAAAAAAGAUGUGUAGAGUAUUUUGGAUGAUGAUAAUAAAGGAAAAUUCCCCAAA